GGUGGUGUAUGAGAGCAAGGUCAGGAAAGGCUUAAAUGGACUUCUGAAGUAAGAAAAGGAAAAAAAAAUGGAGACUGAGACCAUUUUAACUUUGCGACAACAACUCAAGGAAGCAGAGAAUGAGCGAAGAAAGGCAGCACAAUAUGGCUUGCAUUUAUUGGAGUCCCAAAGUGAAGUUCAAAAUCAGUUGGAUCAAACACGCCGUGAAUUGACUGAGAAAACUGAGAAAUUCGAACAAGAGAAAUACUCUCUUCAGAGGGAGAUUGAACUCAAGAAUCGAAUGUUGGAAAGCUUGAGUUUUGAAUGUGAUUCCAUUAAGCAACAGCAAAACGUGCAGCUGGAUAAACAGAAAGAACAGCUUGCCAGAGUCUAUGGACAAGAAAUCGGUGACCUUAAAAACAAGUUGGAGAACCUGAAAGCAGAACUAGAUGAAACCCGACUCUCGGAGAAACAAUUAAGACACAAAGUGGAUCAUCAGAAGGAGAUAAUUGCUGCUAAAUCAGAAGAACUACAUAUGAUGUCUGAACGUGUGCAUGAGACCAUGUCUUCAGAAAUGCUCAAUCUUCAGAUAGAGCUCACUGAACUAGAAACUGUGAAGGCCAGUGUUGAAGAAAAGCUGAAUGAACUGCAGUACAAUAAAGAACAAUUGGAACUCAUAAAUAGUAACCUACGUAAUCAGCUGGAGCGUCUACAGGGAGAAAAGGAGGAGAGAGAGAAAGAAGCUGUUUCUUACUGUAAUGCGUUGGAGAAAGCUCGUGAAGCUAAUCAAGAGCUUCAGGUUCAGCUGGAUCAUGCAGUGCAGCAAUCUUUGGACCCAACAAGUAAAGGCAAUUCUCUCUUUGCUGAGGUGGAGGACCGUAGGGCAGAAAUGGAACGACAGCUGAUCAGUGUGAAAAUAAAAUAUCAGUCACUACAAAAACAGCAUGCAUUCACUAGAGAACAGUUGCAGAGAAUGAAGCUGCAAAUGGCUACACUGCUACAGAUGAAAGGCUCUCAGGCAGAAUUUGAGCAGCUGGAACGUUUACAGUCGAUGUUAGAACAAAAGAAUGGUGAGAUAGAAGAUCUUCUUAUGAAAGUGAGGCAGCUAGAAAAAUUUAAGACGCUGUAUGAGAGUAUGGAAGAAUCCAGAGGCGGUGGAAGCUCAAAAGGACGAGAGUCUGAAGAUGGUUACUACGCAGAUUUACUGCAAAUGAAACUUGACAACUCGAACAAGGAAACGGAAACCUUGAAAAAUGAACUAUCCUUGCAGAGGAUGAAAGCUCUGUAUGAGAGCCAAAGGGUUCUGGAAGUUGAAAGGAAACUCUUCACAAAUGAGAGGCACUUGCAAGCUUGUCAGAGUGAGAAUAUGAACUUGCGAGUUAUGCUGGAUGAGCUGAAAAUGAAGUAUGAACCUGAAGAAAUAUUUAAAGCAACUAAAAUUAAAAAGAGGGAGAAGAUUCCAGUGGAUGCUACCUGUGAAUACUUGGACAGCAAAAAUACUUCAGUAAAAGCAGCUGCUGUCACUCAGUUGCCAAGUAAGGAAGAAACCAAGAUGACUUCCAAGAACUUGGAGCAGCAAAAUGAUUCUUCCCCAAAAAGACACACUCUUGAAGCACCACCAAUAAAUGUAGCUCUUCAAGCAAUGCAAAAAGUAGUUGAACCUGAAAGAGAAAGAAAUAAAGUUAAAGUUAAAAUUAAGGAUGAGAACCAUGAUGCCUUGACUUCGUUUAGCAGAAGUGAAAGUAAUUGCUUGACUUCGGCUGCCCCCAGGUUAACAGCUGAAUCCAGUUUUGAAACUGUGGGAAAAGAAGAAAAGAAGGAAAAUGAAAUCAUGACUGAGAAGAAAACACAAAAGAAAAAAUACCCAACGUUGUAUGUGUCUUCUAAGCCAACUUCUGAAACCCAGUGUGCCCAGCAGUAA